AUCAACAAAUCUAUUUAAGCAUUUAUUCAUAACAGACUUUCUAAGUUUUAUCUGAUGAACUUGCAUAGUUUAGAUGGGUUUCACAGGGGAAUUUGUAAGAAGUGUCUUCUCCAGAAAUCGAUCCACUGAUCAUCAUCAUCAUCAUCAUCCUCAAAACAAAGUGAGAAGCAAUAACAAUGGUGUGGAGAAGAGAAGAUGGGUGUCUGUAAAAUCUUACUUGUGUGGUGAUCAUGAUGAGCUCGAUUCAGUGCUCGCGGCGGAGGAUUCGGCGUCGGUUAAUCGAUCGGAGGAGACAGUUAUGCAGCCAAUUCAGGAGGAUUGGUUAAGCAGAGAAGAGACUAAAAGUGAAGAAGAAACUGUGACAGAGAACAAUGAUAGGAAAAAUUCCAACUUCAAACUGUUAAGUGAAGAGGAAGCAGCAAUUCUGAUUCAAGCUGCAUAUAGAGGCUUUCUGUGCAGGCGUCAAAAUGAAGGAAUACGAAAGAAAAUUACUGGUGAGGAUGAGGAGGAGAAGAAUCUAGUGAUGGCAAGUCCAGAUACAAAGUCUAUGGGCUCAUCAAUCGAAGUUCAAACUGGGAAUUCUAUUGAAGUUUAUCCACUUGAAGGAGAAAAAAUUAGUGUUUACCAUCAUAGAUCUCAGCACAGAGCCAGAGCUCAAGUGUUAAAGCAAAAGGAUGACUGGGAUGAUAGCACUGUGAGUAGCUAUGUCUCAAAAAUGAGGAUGCAGAACAGGAUGGAAGCAACAACCAGGAGGGAAAGAGCGUUAGCAUAUGCUUUCUCACAACAGCUGAGAAUCUGUUCCAAGAGAACACCAAACAAAUAUAACAGCAAUGCAGAACCAAACAUGAGCUGGAGCUGGCUUGAACGGUGGAUGGCUACUCGCCUUCCAGAUUCUGCAUCAGUUGAAAGCCAUGACUAUAGAUUUGCAGUGAGGAAGAGAUUUUUAGAUGUAGCCUGCAGGGAAGAAAAAGAGAGUUGUGGAUCAAAUGAAGUGUCUCUUCAUCAAUUUGAUAAGUGUUCUUCAACUUCACAAGAAGUAGUAGUGAAAGAUCAUGAUCAUGACUUCAUUAAUCCACCAGCAGCAACAAAAGCAAAGAACAACCUUAAAGCUAGAACUAGAAGGACUGUAUCAAGGAGGAAAACUGUACCAAGCUAUCAAUUCCCGGAAGCGCAUUUCAAGUUGUUGCAGGUAAGCAAAAGAGAAGGUUCAAGCACUGUUAGAAAGGAUAACAGGCAAAAGGAGAAGCAAAUGGGGUUUAAAAGAAUAGAAAUGAAACCAAACUCUCCAAUGAAAUCCUAAUAGCUCUUUCCUUUUUGUAUUGAAAUUAAUGUAGUUUGUGUUUAUAUGAAUAAUUGGGUUUUUCUUGUAUAUACUUGAUUCCAUAAUCUUAUGUGAACAAUUCCCUAUGAGCAUAACAAUAUCAAAUGUGUCUUAUAUAA